CCGCUUCUCCUUCCUCUCCAUUUUCUGCUUUCCUCUAACGCUAGCUUUUGUUACUUCGAUUCUCUCUGCUGAGUUUCGUAAUCAAUGGCUUUGCCUAACCAACAGACUGUUGAUUAUCCAAGCUUUAAACUCGUUAUCGUCGGCGAUGGCGGCACUGGAAAGACCACAUUUGUGAAGAGGCAUCUUACUGGAGAGUUUGAAAAGAAAUACGAACCAACAAUCGGUGUGGAGGUUCACCCUUUGGACUUCUUCACUAACUGUGGGAAAAUCCGAUUUUAUUGCUGGGAUACUGCUGGACAGGAAAAAUUCGGUGGUCUCCGAGAUGGUUACUACAUACAUGGGCAAUGUGCGAUAAUUAUGUUUGAUGUUACUGCACGCUUGACAUACAAGAAUGUUCCUACGUGGCACCGUGAUCUUUGCAGGGUGUGCGAGAAUAUUCCUAUUGUUCUAUGUGGUAACAAGGUUGAUGUGAAGAACAGGCAAGUUAAGGCAAAGCAGGUUACAUUCCACAGGAAGAAGAACCUGCAAUAUUACGAAAUAUCGGCUAAGAGCAACUACAAUUUUGAGAAGCCUUUCUUGUACCUUGCCAGAAAGCUUGCAGGUGAUCCUAAUCUUCACUUUGUGGAGUCUCCUGCUCUCGCUCCUCCGGAAGUACACAUUGACUUGGCCGCCCAGCAACAACAUGAAGCAGAGCUUGCGGCAGCAGCGAGCCAGCCUCUUCCAGAUGAUGAUGAUGAUGCAUUUGAGUAAAGAAGAGGUGGAACUUUUUCACUGGCACUGUCUGAUUAUGUUCGGUGUUUGUCAGCUCUCGAGUACAGCUACCGUAGAGACUUUGCUUUUUCAUGUUUUUGGUUAUUGAUUGUGUUUCUGAUGGA